GGAACACUUCUGUUUGGUCCGCCGCGUUCGGUAAGCUGGUAACAGUUUCUGGUUGUCAAUUGUUUCUGUUUGUCGCUGUCGACCUGAAACACGACCUGUGGGAAUGGCUGACAUGUCCGCAGCGUUUUCUGCAACUGGCUUCAGCUUGGGAAGGGGUCGUGGCUUGAAGACAGUGUCAAGCAGUCUACCAUCUGUUGGUGCCGUAACAAAUGCCACCAGUAAUGGUUGGGCCCCUACCAGUAGAACUGGUGGCGACUCUGGUUGGGACAAUGGCGCUGCUGCUUCAAAGCCUGCAGACUCUGGGUGGAAUUCGCAGCCCGCCGACUCUUGGAAUUCCACGAGUAACGGGGGUGAAAGUUCUGGCUGGGACCCACCAAGCACCAACGGUGUCGGUUGUGCAGUGAACGUGUCUGACGACCCAUGGCAAGAGACUCCUUCGAACGACGUGCCGUCGUACGGUGGUGGUGGUGGUGGCGGAGGCCGUGGUGAUCGCGGUGGAAACAGAAGGCGCUUUGGCGACAGUGACAGGGGCUUCCGUGGUUCAGGCCAGAGGCCAAGCAGAGGUUGUUUCAAGUGUGGCCAGGAGGGCCACAUGAGCCGGGACUGUCCUAAUGCGGACUCCGGUGGGGGUGGCGGAAGAUCUGGCAACAGAGGUUGCUUCAAAUGUGGCCAAGAAGGCCACAUGAGCCGAGAGUGUCCUAAUGCAGACUCUGGAGGAGGCAGGUCUGACAACAGAGCUUGUUUCAAGUGUGGCCAGGAAGGCCACAUGAGCCGGGAUUGCCCUAAUGCUGACUCUGGGGGAGGCAGGUCUGACAACAGAGCUUGUUUCAAGUGUGGCCAGGAAGGCCACAUGAGCAGGGAUUGUCCAAAUUCUGGUGGGGAUAGCGAGCGACCCAAGAGAGGUUGCUUCAACUGUGGUGAGGAUGGCCACAUGAGUCGUGACUGCCCCAACCCACAGCAGGAGAGGAAGAAGGGCUGCUUCAAGUGUGGUCAAGAGGGCCACAUGAGCAGAGACUGUCCCAACGCCGAUUCUGGAGGAGACAGCAGGGGUGACUCUGACAGGCCCAAGGGCUGCUUCAAGUGCCAGCAAGAAGGACACAUGGCAAAGGACUGCACCAAUGAACCCGUCCCACGAAUGGGACCCGACGGCAAGCCCAUGGAAGCUCCGUAUAUUCCUCCCGCCCUACCAACGGAUGAGGACUCUUUGUUCUCAACGAUAUCUACUGGAAUCAACUUUGACAAAUACGACGCCAUCCCCGUCGAAGUAAGCGACGCAAAAUUGCGUGUCCCAUUCACAUCUUUUGAGGAAAUGGGGCUGUGCGACCUCCUCAAGAGCAACCUUCGUCGAGCAAAGUACACCAAGCCAACACCAGUUCAGAAAUAUGCCAUCAAGAUCGUGCUCGCUGGCAGAGACCUCAUGGCAUGUGCCCAAACGGGGUCUGGAAAAACGGCUGCCUUCAUGCUGCCAAUCCUACACAGCUUGCUGAAGGACCCCAACCUUGAGAACCCAUCAAACCGUGAAGUUCAAACACCCUUGGCUGUUGUUUUGUCCCCGACACGUGAGCUGGCUAUUCAGAUUGCCAACGAUGCCAACAAGUAUGGCUACGACUCUAUUCUCAAGACAGUGCUUCUUUACGGAGGCACGUCUGUGAAUUACCAGUUGUCUCAGCUCUCCCGGGGAUGCCAUAUCCUAGUGGCAACUACCGGUCGCCUCAAGGACUUUGUCGAGAGGGGAAAGGUGUCAUUUGAAAAGCUGCGCUACCUUGUGCUAGACGAGGCUGACCGCAUGCUGGAUAUGGGCUUUGAAGCUGACAUUCGGGCCAUUUGUGGCAACCCGUCUAUUCCUGCCAAGGGCCAGCGACAGACACUCAUGUUUUCAGCCACAUUCCCAGAGAGCAUCCAGAUGCUUGCUCGAGAGUUUCUACAUGACAGUGUUCUGCUGAGUGUGGGGAUCCUUGGAUCGGCCAACUCUGACGUUCAGCAGAGGGUCUUCAAAGUAACUCAGUUUGAGAAGAGGCAGAAGUUGUUGGAGAUUCUCAAUGAGGAAGGAAGUGACAGGGUUAUGGUUUUUGUGGAGAAAAAGAAGACUGCAGAUUUUUUGGCAGCUUUUAUUUCACAGAAAGCUAUCAAGACCACAAGCAUACAUGGUGACCGGUUUCAGAGGCAGCGUGAAGAGGCCCUCACAGACUUCCGCCGCGGAGUGUGCCCAGUGAUUGUGGCAACUGCAGUGGCAGCCCGUGGACUCGAUAUCAAGGAUGUACGUCACGUUGUCAACUACGACUUGCCUCAGAGCAUUGACGAGUACGUCCACCGUGUGGGGCGUACGGGACGUGUGGGCAAUUUGGGCAGAGCAACGUCUUUCUAUGACUCGGAUGCUAAUGGAUCCAUUGCAAGGGCACUCGUCAAGACACUGUCGGAAUCCCAGCAAGAGGUUCCAGACUGGUUGGAGCAUGAAGCGAAGUACGGUGGAAGCGGUGGCGAUUUUGGAGGCGGAGCUAACUGUGGUGGUGAUGCGCCUCAGAGCUACAGAUCGGAAUCGUGGGGAUCAACAAGCGGCGGUGCUGGUUAUUCUGCUCAGCCAUGUGUCGAAGAGGAGUCCUGGGGCUAAAGCAAGGGACAGCUGUGUUUGUGACUGUUCUCCCAUUAUCUGCUUGCCUGCCCCCGCUUAGGAAACAACUACAAAUCCAGGGCACAAUACAAGCAGUGUUGUGCACGUCUCUAUGUGGUGCAGUAGGGUGGCCUGUGCCCUUAGGACGGUUUUUCAAGUUUUAAACAUUUUCCUCACUUUGUGCUUUAUUUCUGUUCCUCCAUGAAGACGAGAGUUUGUACAUAAACUGACGGGUGGAAGUUGUGCUUUCAUUUGGUUGGUACAUAUUUUACUGUUUGCUGAAAAUGUUUGCAGAAAUAAAGUAUUUUUCGACGCA